AUGCAACGACAACCAUUCGCGCCGCCAGCGCAAUCACCAGAAUUAUUCCAUCCUCGACCACAACACAUCUCACAAGUCCCUCAUCUACGAUCACCGCCUCCACCCGUCCCUCUUCAAUCCCAGCCACAGAUGAACGCCUAUGGAAACCCGUACGGCUCGCAGUCGCCGCCUGCGGGCAACAUGAACAGCCCACCGAACGGGAACAUGAUGGGCGGCUUCAACACAAACCAGUUCACCGGCUUCAUAAACGACCCUACCGCCCAGAUGGGCAUGCAGAUGGGUCAGCAUGCCGUCGCCGCCGGCCAGAAGUACAUCGAUCAGAGCCUCAACAGAUACAUCUCCGUGCCUGCAUUGAAGCACUACUUCAACGUGUCCAACAGCUACGUCGUGCGGAAACUCCUCCUCGUGCUGUUCCCAUUCAUGCACAGACCCUGGACAAGAACAACUGCACGAGGCGGGGACCCAGCCGGCAAUCAGAUGAACAGUGCAACGCCCCAAAGCUAUUCGCCCCCACGGGACGACAUCAACUCGCCCGAUAUGUACAUCCCGAUAAUGGCAUUCAUCACAUACAUUCUCCUCUCAACAGUAUUAGCCGGCAUAAGGGGGUCCUUCAACCCGGCCCUCUUCGGCGAGACAACCUCGACCGCCCUCGGCGUCGUGCUUUUUGAGAUCGUCGUCUUGAAGAUGGCUAUGUACCUUCUCUCAAUCAACAACGACUCCCAACUGCUCGACCUGGUGGCAUACAGCGGCUACAAAUUCGUUGGGGUAAUCGUCACGCUCGUGCUCGCGGAGAUCAUUACCGGAGGCCAGGGCACGAACAAUAUGUUUGGCUGGAUCUUCUUCCUGUAUACUUACGGCGCUAAUGCUUUCUUCUUGAUGCGCUCUCUAAAAUAUGUCCUCCUUCCCGACAGUUCCAACGAGCACAGCAUGCGCGCCGGCGCAGGCUAUACGAUGGCGCGCGCUCAGAAGCAGCGAAGAACGUACUUCUUGUUCAUCUACGCAUUCAUCAUCCAGAUGCUGUUCAUGUGGAUCCUGAGUCGGGAGAAGAGCGCGUACAGCACGUUGGUUGCUAAGAGUCCGGUGGGAUCAAGGAGGGGAACGGGGUUGAGUUGA